GCCAUCGGAGGGGUCUGCUACCAGGCUUUCUACCAGAGGGUUCUGUCCACAGCCACUGAUGCCCAGGCGAAGAUCACCUGCUACGCUGCUGCUGUAUUUUGCCCAAUUCUUGGCAUCCCUUCAAUCCUCAUAGGAGCAGUGGCUGCAUCUACCAACUGGAACCAGACCAGCUACGGUUCCCCCAGCCCGUAUGAAGAGGGCAAAGCUGGCAUGAUCCUCCCCAUCGCCCUCCAGCAUCUCUGCCCUUUCUACGUCUCUCUGCUCGGUAUGGGAGCUCUGGCUGCUGCCGUGAUGUCGUCCGUCGACUCGGCUCUUCUGUCUGCCGCCUCCCAACUGGGCCGAAACAUCUUCAAGAACAUCAUCUACAAAGGGGCGUCAGAGAAACUGAUUGUCAUGGCGGUGAAAGUGUCGGUGGUGCUGUGUGGGACAGCUGGAGCCGGUCUGGCCAUGAUGACCUCGUCCGUCCACUUGUUCUGGGUCAUCAGCUCAGACGUGCUGUACUGUAUGAUGGCUCCUCAGGUGAUUUGCGUCUUCUACCUGUCUCGCUGGGUGAAUUACUUGGGGGCCUGCUUUGGUUUCCUGGUGGCUAUCCUGCUGAGGAUUCUGAUUGGAGAACCUGUGAUCGGCCUUCCUGACCUGAUGCCUCUGCCCUGGGACAAGAUCCAGGACGAUGGUACCCGAUACCGUUUGUUCCCUUUUCGAACCGCAAUCCUGCUCAUCACCCUCGGGACUAUUUUCCUAGUGUCACGCCUCGCUGAGUGCCUGUUUGAGAAGAGGAAGCUGGGAAGUGAGGAUGAAACAGACGCUACCUGUCAGGAGAUGAAACCGAUGAAUAAAGAACAGACGAACACAUCUUCAGAUUGAGAAACACAUAGAACAGGGGUGUCCAAACAUUUUUCACUAAGGGAAAAAUAUUCGAAGCUCACUAGAGGCGAGGUAUACUGCCUCAUAAGUUAAGUUAUAAGUUAGCAAAAUCUAUCAAAAGUAUGUAAAUGAUGCUUGGUACUUGAAUCUGCUUUAAGGAAAAUAAACAGCCUCCAUCAUUCCUUAGGACACAUGUGUCAAACUCAAGGCCCGGGGGCCAAAUC